CCAGAUUUACGCAGUUUCUCACCAUGUCUGCCAACACGUCAUCCCUUUCUGCUCGCCACAGAACGUUUACUUUGUUUCCACUUCGAUAUGCCAUAGCAGCGAUGGGUAUACUGGCAAUCUUUGCCCAGUAUGUAUUAAAGGUGACUCUGUCGGUGGCUCUUGGUGGAAUGGUCAAGCACGUAGCUCAGGAAAGCUCGGCGGCCGAUGAAACUUGUCCUCUGCUGGGCACAGCAAACACUACUUUGACAAACAAUGAGGAAGGAGAAUUUGACUGGGAUGAUGAGAUGCAAGGUUACAUACUGUCCUCCUACUACUACGGGUAUGCAGGAGUGAACAUAAUCGCUGGUUACCUGGCUGCCCGGUACAGCGCCCGUUGGGUUUUCAGCCUAGGACUGCUCGCUGCCGGUAUUUUCACAGUCGUGGGUCCUAUCUGCGCCGAUGCUGGAGCCUUGGUCUUCAUGGUAACACGCUUGCUCGUAGGAAUAUUUUCAGGUGUUAUCGUACCAGCAAUGCACGUACUGUUUGGAAUAUGGUUCCCUGAAAACGAGCGACAAAGACUGGCAGGGCCAAUUUUCUCAGCGUCGUACUUGGGCACCGUUAUAUCAAUGGCAUCGUCUGGAACCAUUGUGAAGAAUCUGGGCUGGUCCUCUGUAUUCUACAUUUUCGGCGGCAUCGCAAUAGCUCUAGUGAUUCCAUGUUUUUACUUUAUCUACGAUGAGCCUGAGGCACACCCUAGGAUCACAGAGAAAGAAAAGGACUUUCUUUUGACACACACUGGUAGAGAUCUGAAAGGAAGCAAAGAGAACAAGGAUCUUGAAAAGGAGGAUGAAUUCAUUCGAAACCCGUGGCCUCUUAUCCUGACCUGUCCUGCAAUGUGGGCGCACAAUAUACUUUCAAUUGGAGGGGCGUGGGUCAACUACACCCUGCUGUCUGAGUUGCCAACCUACAUGCAAAACAUACUUCACUUCGACAUCGACGAGGCUGGCCUCAUCUCAGCUCUGCCUUAUCUAUUUUGUUGGAUGAGCUGCAGUGUCUACAGCUUCCUGACAGAGAAAUUAACACAGAGAGGCGUGCACCUUAUGACUGUCUUCAGAAUAUGGAACGCUGUAUCUUGCAUCGGGCCUGCGAUCUGCCUCCUGGCGGUGACUCUCAUCAACUGCGACGUACCGUCCAUUGUCACGCUGUUCGUCUUCACCAUGGUGUUCCGCUGCGCCAUAUACGGCGGCCAGUACGUCAACCACAUCUAUCUGUUCCCAAGGGCCUACGGAAGUGCGGCUGGCUUUAACAUGACUCUGGGGAACUCCACAGGGAUCAUCACUCCGAUAGUCACCAGUGCGUUUGUAGCAGGCCGGCAAACAAUACAGCAGUGGAAAUACGUCUUCUACCUGGCCAUGACAUUAUCAGUUGUACCGUACUUUCUGUUCCUCAUUUUUGGAUCUGUUGACGAUCAAGAAGUUAAAUGGGAAGAGCGCAGAGAGAAGAAGAGGAAACAGAAGCUGGCCUCAUAGGUAUAAUUUCAAAUUGUGCCGACACUGUGUGAUGCAUACGAGGUAGCAAAACACAGCCGAAAGCAAUAAGAAACUGGUGUACCUCUGCCCACAUGCAUGUAUUGGGAGGAAUUCAGUUACGUCAUAAGGACGCUUUCAAUGCUCGGAGAUUGAGUAUGGAUCAGUGCACAUGAAAAGCAACAAUUUAUGACAAUCUUUGUUGUUGUUUUAUGGUUCUGUGAGUCAGAACUCUGUUCCUGCAAAUGUUACAAGCAGAUGAACAGCUCAAGAAGGAUGUGAUAAGCAGUGACAGAAGAGAAUGUGUGCAACUGACACACCAGUACGUCUGGCAUGUUUCUUAAUACUAGAAAAAUGUUCCUGAA